CCGAGCCCUGUCGUACCGAAGAAGGGACGGACCAACACACCGUGGACUCCAGCAGAAGAGCAGAGACUCAAGACCUUGCGCGAUGCUGGGAGUAGUUGGAGUGAGAUUGCAAAGACGUUCCCGACGAGGACAGAAGGGAGCGUGAAGAAGCAUUGGUAUAAAGACAUGCACUACGCAGAGUUCGCCGAAGACGAGAGCGCGGCACUGCUGCAGGCCAUCAAGGACUACGAGAACAACAAAUGGAAGGUCAUUGGGCAGAAAGUGGGAAAGCCAGCGAAGGCGUGCGAACAAUUCGCCAAAGAA